AUGCGUGCUUUCAAGAAGAAGCGCAUGCAAUAUAGAAACGAGCAGCCGCAAAGCGACACGCUCUGUUCUUUUACGGCUACCCUCGGCUCUUCUUCUCUCCGGGGAAUCCGCCUGAUGAAAGAGAUGAGCAUCCAAAGCCUUUGUGGACCAAAUCAAAAGGUUUUAUGGGAUCUCUAUAUGAUUGGCGAUACCAAUAAAGUGCAACUGGCCGCUAUGGAGCGACAAACAUCAGACAACCCUCCCCAUCAAGUGGCUACUCUUCCAGCGUCAAGGACUGAAGCUCAAGUGACGGCAACUAGAGAUGACAGCGACGGAGACGAAGAUCAUAAAAAGGAUGUUAAGAUUGUCGAAGAGGACGGCGACGGAAGGGCUCAUUUAGCUUUGGUGGCACGUUCCUCAACGAAGACGAAACAAGAGUAUCACCACCCAUCACGAGGGUCAUAUCGCAACGGUUUAUGUGCCAGUGGAGCACACGCUCACAGGUCCUUCGAGGAUAACUCAAUGCUGUGCCGACUUCUGUGUACCUUCGCCUCCAGAUUAAGUUUAGAACUGUCUGCCAACAAUAGUUGCUUUGGUGUUGAGCUUGACCCAGCUGAAAGGAACACUAUGGCAGUCAUAUUGAUUGAUCUAAUCCCCUUAAUCACACAGUAG